AGACCGCCAGUGAUUAUAAAUUGUCAAGACACUAUCAUAAGUCGCUCACUUGUAUCUCAGACACUUCAACUAGACAGUCAGACGGACAGUCAGAUUUACUCUUGAGGUCCGGACAGACACAAUGGGAGUUGAGAAAAUGGAGCUGGAUGAGGGACACUCGACUCUGAUGAGUGGCACCAAGAAGCCUCCCCCGGUUCGGCCUCCCAACACGUUUGAGCGCAUCAUCCAACCCUGCCUGGCAGAGGUGGUGGGAACCAUGUUCUUUGUCUUCAUCGGGUGUGUGUCGGUCAUUGAGAACGUUGAGUCUGCAGGCAGGGUACAGCCGGCGCUGGUCCAUGGCCUGGCUGUGGCUGUCAUGGUGGCAUGCAUGGAUCAGAUCAGUGGAUCCCAUUUCAACCCUCCCUUCACCAUUGCUAUCUACCUGUGUGGCGGCAUGAAACUGUUCAUGGUCGUCCCAUACCUUAUCAGCCAGUUAUUAGGAGGGGUGCUGGGAGCUGCCAUGUCAAAGAUGAUGACAUCAAAGGAGAACUAUGCCAACGCCACCGGAGCGGCGUUUACUAUCCUCCAUACAGAGGACCAGCUGGCGGGAGCCAUAUUUGGAGAGAUCGCCAUGACGUGCCUGGUUACCAUGGUAGUAUUGCUAGGGGCGGUCAAUGCAAAGAGCAAAAGCCCAAUGGUGCCUUUCCUGGUAGGCUGUACUGUCAUCAUCAACAUUCUGGCAGGGGGGGAUGUGUCUGGGACCUGUCUGAACCCAGCCAGGGCUCUGGGGCCAGCGGUAAUGGCCAACUACUGGACCUACCAUUGGGUUUACUGGGCUGGUCCUAUCACAGGAGGUCUACUGGCAGCAGGACUAGUGAGACUUGUGCUUGGAGAUGAGAAGACACGAGUCAUCAUGAAGUGACAUCCUACUCUACAUGUCCUGUGCAAGUCACUUACCUUUUUGUCAUAUUAUAAAGCUUUUUUUUCCUAAGAAACGUGAAUUUAGACUGGAAUUUCUGUUUAAUUUGAAAGACUAUGAAUCUGGUUUGUAAAUGUCAGCAGAUAGGAGAUGUCAUAUUGUACUAAUAUAACUCUUAUUGUACUCUCUGAUUCCAGUUUGCUUUCGUGCUUUUCCUUUAAAUUAAAAGAUAAAGAUGUGGA